UUUUGAAGACAUGUUACUUAGAUAUGAGGUAAAAAAACUUGAAUCGGUUGACCUGGUGUUUAUUCCGGUACUUCAAGGUGACCACUUCUAUGUCUUGUGCUUCAACUUAAAAUCCGGCAAAAUUGAGCUGAUUGACAAUUCAGCAGCAGAACAAGAUUUUGAAGAAAGAUACAAGGGGCUUCCAGACACACUGAGAAGGGUAUUGGUUUUAUACCUACGAAAUGCUUUAAAACCAACACCGGCUAUAGAAGAAUUUGCAACCUCAGUGAUAGAAAGAAAAAAGAUGGAUUGGAGGACGAAGAAUAACGGCGUAGACUGUGGAGUGUUUACGAUGCGUCACAUGGAAACGUACAAAGGUGACCAAAAACCAUGGGCGACAGGAUUUGUGAAUGAAGAUGAAGUAAACAACAGACAGAAAGCACAACUUCAUCUCCUAAGGACAAGAUAUCUCAGCAAAAUCAUUCUGUCAGAACACAACAUCCAUCGUCUUAAAAUAAUUAAAAUGGCCAAUGCUUUCGACAAAAUGCUAGACAAAGAAAGGUAUAUGAAAGAUCUGGAUACGGAAAUCCCAGAAAGGAUGAAAAUAUAUUUUGACAGGGGAACCUAAACUACAUUUGAUGAUGUAUUUAUGUUACAUAUUUCAACUGUUACACCUGUUUCAAACUGCUUUAGUUCUCUUCUUAA